AUGCCACGCCAGCCGCGGCCAAAAUCCAAACGACCUACGGACCAGCGGAGCACGCGUGGUGGUGCAGGUGGUAAUGGAAGAGUUUUCAAACGUGGCGCCGCUAGCGGCCGCGGCCACGGCCACAGAAGAUCAUCGCAAUACACGUGGAACAAAUUUUUGGCGGAUGAUGAUGCCGCGAAUCAGCAGCUUCCGGCUCCGAUGUACAGACCGCCACCGAAACCCAUCAAAACUAUUCGUCUCGGCGAUGAUGAAGCGACGCCCGGAUCAUCAUCAUCACCACCAUCCCUACAUGCACCAUCAUCCGUAGAUCAGCAGCAGCAGCAGCCGACAACGUCGUCGAAUUUUUGUGCUAGUUGGUUGGCAAAAAACCAACACCUGACACGGACGAAAAAAGUGGAAGAGGUCGUUUUGGAUGAAAGACCCACGGGCUCCCAGGACGACAGCAUUAUUGUUCUCGACGAUGACAUUUUCGAAAAAACGAGAAAAAAGAGCUCAGAGCCGAGGGAUCUGAAAAAAAAAGUUUUUGGCAGACAGGAGCCGGGCACGACCGUCGGCAGAAUCGAUUCCCAAGACGGCAUUGUAUUUGUUGGCGAAUAUCCUCGACGUGGCAGGACGAUGACACAGCUGGAAACGAAUAUGGCAGAAACAUUCUGGUCAAACGGUGCUUCUUCUUCUUCACCAUCCUCCACGGGGACUACACAACAAACGUUCAAAAAAAUCAACGACGGAUUCUCACGAGAUUGCAAGGAUUUCAAGCGUCUCGUGCGAUGCUGGAACCGAACAGAAGCCCAAUCGAGAUCAAAAAUUCCGAAAAUAUCAUCAAAAUUCACAAUUUGCUCGUACAAUGUGCUCUGUCAGAAGACAAUUGCUCGCACCGACUAUUUGUACCGACAUCUGCAGGGUUCUGCUCAAUUUUUAGAUUGGGAGCAUCGAUGGCGUGGGCUUCAGGUCGAGCUGCCCACGUUUGAUGCCGACAUUUUGGGCCUUCAAGAGGUUCAGGCCGACCAUUUUGUUGAGCAUUUUCAGCCGCUUAUGAAGAAAUACGGCUACGAAGGUGUCUACAAGCAAAAAUUCGGUACCCAGCAAAAAGACGACGGGUGCGCUUUGUUCUACCAUCCCGCGAAAUUCGAACUAGUCGCGAAUCAAGAAGUCAACUAUUUCAUAUCAGACACUGCGAUCUCGAAUCGCGAAAAUAUCGCUCAAAUCGUGGCUCUUCGGUGUCGAAUUACGAAGGAGCUGAUUCUAGUUGCCAAUACGCAUUUGCUGUUCAACGAGGAACGCGGUGACGUGAAGCUGGCUCAACUGGCGAUUCUGUUCGCAUCGAUUCAUAAAAUGCGCGAGGAUUUUGCGCCGAUGGUUCCGCCCGUAUUUGUGAUGGGCGAUUUUAACAUUGAGCCGAAUUCCAAGGUCUACGAUUUUAUCGUUGAUGGAAGAACAUUGAAAAAGUGCAACUACUCGAAACCUUCACCCUACCCACUCUCGACACCCUAUCCUCGGCAACUCCGUGGCCGAACAAGAACGUUCCCAGCGAUCAUCUUCCAAUUCUCGCGAAAUUCCGUCUAA